AUGGGGGGAGCGUGCUGCCGCUCUUGGUUUUGCAAAGCUCAUGAUAAAAAUCAAGAGAGUUUGCAAGCGCACAACAGCGAACGGGAGCUGCGAGGGAAGAGCCCACGGGCAGCGAUGAGGGUGGAUCCGCUCCCUGCAGCUCCCAGCACAAAGGCAAGGGGUUAAACUGGUCAGAUAGCCCAGAUCGGGCCCAGGAUGAAAGUGGGCUGGCGCCCAGGGCCCGGGCUGAGUGAAUUCCCCUCUCAGAUCGCUGAGACACGCGAUUUGCAGAGAGAUUCAUGAGAUGAGUCUGAGCUCUGUGGUUUCCUGGAGUCUCGUCUCAGGCUAUAAAACCUGCUGGGAGCAGGAAGAGACCCCAGCUGCAGCCUCAGCGCCCAGGGACCCGCGAGGACGACGCGAUGCCGCACCCGCAGGAGCUCCUGCUGUCCCUCCUGCUGCUGACACGGCCCUUGGCCGAAGCCAGUCACUCCUGGAGAUGGAUGGUGGGAGGAGGCGAAGCCAAGUCCCACUCCGCACCCUACAUGGCCUAUGUGCAGGGAAAGGACAACCACUUCUGCGGGGGCUUCCUGGUGGCCCCAAACUGGGUGAUGACAGCGGCUCAGUGCUUGGUAUACAAACCUCUGACUGUCAUCCUCGGAGCCCGCACGAUCCAGAGGAAGGAGGAAAGCUGGCAGGUAUUCCAAGUGGAAGAGUAUUGCUGCCCCCGGAAAUUCAAGAGCCCUAAGGAUGGAAACGACAUCGUCCUGCUGAAGCUGAACGGCAACGCCACCAGCAACAGCUACGUCAGGACCAUCUCCAUUGAAAGAUCCGAAGUCCCCGGUGGGACCGUGUGCAGCACGGUGGGUUGGGGCGACGAAACACCCGCUGCCGCGUUACACAAAGCCACCGUCACCAUCAUCAAACAGCGGGACUGCCUCAGCAACUACCCCGGGCUCGCCGACAACCUGAUCUGUGGCCACAGCGGAUCUGCUGAGGGCGACGCUGGGGAUCCACUCAUCUGCAACAACAAAGCCUAUGGCAUCUUCUCCUACAGAUAUAAACAGUUCGGUUUCUACACACACAUCGCUCCUUACCUCCCCUGGACCAAGAACGUCAUGAAGUGUGCAUGACCCUCCUCUCCCGCCGCUCCUGCCCUGGAAAACUGGGGCUCCAGGGCCCCCGUCUUCACCUGCUUUGUCUUCCUUUCGCCCUGGGAAACAUCUUCCUCUGAUCCCCAUGGACAUGGCGAGGGCUCCUCUCUGCCAAAGCCCAGCGGAGGUUGCGCCUUGGAGUGCCCGUGUCCCCCUUUGUGAAGCUGCUUGUGGCUGCAGCUCUGGGAAGGAGGGAGCAGGACAGCCCUGGGGAACGGACGGAGCUGUCGGGGUGUCUGUCGCCCUUUGGGGAGGGCAGGACGAUGAGAUGGGGGGUCCAGAGCAGCCCCCUCCCUGCCCCAGCCCCACGGAGGAAACUCCAGCUCCUGCUUCACCGCCGCUGCUGUUCCCAACCUCCGAAACCUGCCGCCUCCCUUCUCCCCUCGUCCUAUAGCUCCCGUGUUGUAAGAAUCACAUAAAGACAAUAAAUCAUAUGUGCAUUUGA